ACUUCCUUUUUGUAUUUCUCAGUCGAAACCGAUUUUCGGCUCUGUGGCUUACUCAAAAUUAUUCGAAACUCGAGUCUGUGUCCUUCGCGUUGUGGAAGCAUGCGAAGUUGAUGUGUUUCCGUCAGACCUCUUGAUCGACGCCCAUUGGUUGAAUAACGAAUCCAACCAAGAACGCUGACUUUGUUGAGCUGCUGAGUUGCAUCAUGAGAAGCUGCUUCGGUGGUCUUGAAAAGAGUUCUCGCAGUGUGUUUGUGGCACCCAGCUUGGGUUUAUCUCGUGAUUGUGAGCAGUCAAUCGUUGAUUGCUGGACUACGAGUGAAAACAGUGCGGAUAUUGCUUUGCAUCGUCGGAGAUGAUGAAUGCUGAGUGCUAGGACUAAGAGGUGUACAGAAAUAUUUGAGGAGUUGCGUAGGAUCACCCCUAUCCAUUUCAUCGGCUUCUAAUCUGUGGAAAAACUAGUCGGUUUUAUAAUGCCGAAGGGAAAAAAGGACAAGAAUCCGAAGGGCCGCCAUGCUGGCCGCGGAUUACCGGAAGAUUUAUCUUCCGAGUUUGAUGACAAGGACUCGUUGGCCGAUCUUGAAAGUGUCGUGAGCGGAGUCUCUGAAGCAACGAGUCAAAAUGACUCAGAAAAGGAACAAGAAGAGAUUGAAGCUUUAGAGGAAAAGCUGAAGGAAGCAAUAGAUGGACUCUAUGAAAAGUCGACCCAAGGCCGCGCUGGAUUCCUUGAGUACCUACUUAAGAGUUUCCAGUCUCGGCUUUUGACUGAUUUUUUGUCAACUCGAUAUGAAACGCUAGCUGAUUCAAUGGAAAGGUGCCUUCGCAAGGGCAGAGGUCCUGAGCAGGGUGCAGCUGCAUCCGUAACCGCUGCUGCGAUGCUUCAACUCGGAGAUGAUGGCACUAUUUUUCUGUUCAAUUCCGUGCAUCCAAUUCUUCUGACGCUGCUCAGUGAUAAAAGUGUUCCUGCUUCGGCUCGUGCAAGAAUCGCUGAAGCACUCGGGUUUCUGACGUUCAUAUGCGGGGAUAACUUGGAUGCGUUCCAGUCUACAAUGAAAGCUCUUGAAAGUGUAUUCGGAUUAGCAUACCCGCGUGGGUGUGGUUCGGGAACCGGUGGCUUCAAUCCGGAUAUGUUCGCUUUGAUCGGAGCUGCCUUGUGUAGCUGGACGCUACUUGUAUCACUAUUACCUCCUGAGCAGUUGGGAAACUUCGUGGAAAGGCACUUGGAAAAGUUACCGGGCUUGCUCGAUAGUACUGAUCUGGGAUUGAGGAUUGCUUGCGGAGAAUGCAUCGCAUUAGUGUAUGAAAUCCUCCGAGAGCAAGACGAAGAUUUCGAAAUAUUAGCGCACGAUGAUUUGUGCGACAAAUUGCGCUUGUUGGCGACGGAUUCUCAAAAAUUCAGGGCCAAAAAAGAUCGCAAACAACAGCGUUCUAGCUUCCGUGAGAUCCUUAGGACUGUUGAGGAAAAUGAAUAUCCGCUGGAAAGCAUGAAGUUCGGCAAAGAAAUCCUUCGCCUUGACUCUUGGUCACGUAAAGUUCAAUAUGACAACUUCUGCACUCUGUUGGGACCAGGAACGAACUACCACCUUGCCAGCAAUGAACUCAUUAGGGACAUUUUUGGACUCGGUUCCGUCAUUCCUUCAGACGAAAGACGUGCAGGAAAGGUCUCGAAGAUGGACAGGCAUUUGUCCAAUAUGGCAACUUUCAAAGCAAGGACGAAGGCGAGAAAUAAGACUCGUGACAAGCGGGCUUACAAUGAUGACUACUGAGCGGCUACAAUUUCAAGUCCACAGAGCAUUCGCGCUUAUGAUACGUGUUGUCCAAACUCCAAUGCGGUCUUGGAUUUUCUCUCCUUCGAGUUUCAUUCUGUUUCUAGUGAUCACACGUAGUUAUGGUACAGUUUGUAUCACGCAUUUCUCCACAAUGAUAAUACUUUCCAUGGCCAUUGUGUUGUGAAUUUCGGGAAUCGUUACCAAAUGUUCGCGUUUUUUUUAAUCAUGGCCACGGUGUAGAUUUGCUUGCUGUGAAGGAAAAUUUGGUAGCGGAGCUUCACGAGCGACCCUUUUAUUAUAGGAACUUUGAGUUUUAGCAAUUUUUCGGGAGAUUUUUCGAAUUAUCGUUUCUGUGGUUCCUUCGGUUGCGUGUUCUUCCCCGAAAUAAACAAACUGGAAGCGUGAAUUUUUACGUGCAUGAAAAUUCAUGGGCCAAGAUGCUUUCACAGUUCAAGUGCUCGCGUUGAUCCUGCGAAAGCAAAGAAUAUUCUACCCGGUAUCGAAUCGUGGUCGUGUCAUUCCUGCUGCUGAGGUGAAUGAUCUUUGUCAGGCA